GACUCGCAUCAUUUCUUCUUCAUGGGAUGGUACUGUCCGAAUGUGGUAUGCAGCGAUUGGGAAGUCACUGCAGGACCAUACCGAAGGAGACUGUUUACCAUCUUCCCCGCAUGACAAUUGCAUCUCACAUCCAACACCGGCCAUCCCCACAUCCAACACCGCGAACAAUGCCUUCAUUUCCUUCUCAUCACACUCGACACAUGCACUGCGCGACACGGCUGAGCUGCUAGCAGGCGCACCCCAUAAUGUCCCCAGGCCGAUGUUUAAUUUCCUGGAGGCAGAUGGAUGGAUGAUGGGACCCCAUCAUCGGCUCUUAUUCUGGGUACCGCCCGCCUCUCGAAAACCAUUUUAUAAUAUCUGGACUGUGUUAGUGAUACACAGAGGUGUUGAGCUUGACUUGAGCUGCAUGUCACAUGGCACACGCUGGCAGGACUGCUACAAGGACUCUUCAUUACAAUAGUCUCGUCCCAGUAAAUUGAAUUCCGGAAGUGUCAGAGAUACUUUGUCGAGUACGAUAUGGCAUGUACAGUUGAUUCAUCGUGUAUUAGAUACAUAGCAUU